GUCCACGUGAACUGAGGUGAAAGGAUUUUGUCUCAGCGGAACUCCAGCAGAUGAGGAUGCACUUCGUUGUUAUGGUGAUGCUGUUGCCAGCGCUGAUGAGGGCAGGAUCAGAAUGCAGGUCCAGCUGUCGGCUCACCAAUAUCUCCAUUACCUUGGAAAGUGAGGAAUGUGGCAGCUGCAUCACAAUUGACACCACUGCCUGUACCGGGCUUUGCAAAACACAGGAAAGUGUUUACCGUAGCCCACUGAUGCUGUUCUACCAGAACACCUGUAACUUCAGAGAAUGGACCCAUGAGACCUAUGAGUUUAAAGGCUGCCCUGCCAGGACUGACUCCGUUUUCACUUACCCAGUGGCCCUCAGCUGUGAAUGCAGCAAGUGUAACUCUGACAUCACAGACUGUGGAGUUCUCAGCCAGCAGACACUCAGCUGCAAUGCACAUUAGACAAGGAAAC